AUGGCGGCAGGGGCGGAGCCGUUAAAUAUGGCGGCGGGGUGGCCGGUGCGGCCUCUCGCCAACGGCCGCGGUCUGCCCGUGCUGGGGCUCGGUACUUCGCAUCGUGGUGGCUAUUCCCACGAUGCUGUGGUUUAUGCCCUGCAAACAUGUGGCAUUCGUCAUAUUGACACAGCCAAAAGAUACGGCUGUGAGUCCCUUCUCCAACAAGCCAUCCGAGCCAGCGGGGUGAGGCGGGAGGAGCUCUGGAUAACGACCAAGCUGUGGCACAGUGACUAUGGCUAUGAAAGCACAAAAAGAGCCUGCUUGGAGUCAUGUAAACGACUCGGUGUUGAGUAUCUUGAUCUGUAUUUGAUACACUGGCCUGGUGCACAUGUUCCAGGUAAAAGCAAUCGGGAGGUCCGAGCUGAGACCUGGAGAGCCAUGGAGGAGCUCUAUGAGGAAGGUUUAUGUAGAUCAAUUGGUGUAAGCAACUUUCUUAUCAGGCAUCUUGAGCAGCUAGAGGAAGACUGUGCGAUUAUCCCACAUGUCAAUCAGGUUGAAUACCAUCCUUUCCAAAGACCUCAGGAGCUGGUAGAUUAUUGUAGGAACAAAAAUAUUGUUUUUGAAGGCUAUUGCCCUUUAGCCAAAGGUGAAGCCCUCACUCAUCCUACUGUUAUCCAGCUGGCCAAGAAGUAUGGCAGAACUCCAGCACAGAUCUGCAUACGCUGGAGUAUCCAGAAUGGGAUUGUCACUAUUCCAAAAUCCACAAGACCAGAAAGGGUACAGGAAAACUGCAAGGUGUUUGAUUUCACGAUAGCAGAGGAUGAUGUUGGGAUUCUGAACAGCCUGCACGAUGGCAGACACGUGUCCUGGGACCCCAGCCUUGUGGAGUGAACCAAGGUUUUGAUGUUAAUCUGCGGGAAGAAGAUACGGAAUUUCUGAACACCACGAGUAUCAAUAGGAAACUAAUUCAGCUGAUGUAUCCGCUGUGGGAGGGCUCAUUUCAAGGCAGAUUGUUCCCAGCUCCGAAGUGGUGCUCCUGAAACAUUAGUGCAUUUUGGAACUAAUCAGUCAGUCUGAAUGUUUCUCUUGAGUAUUCAGAUCUCCUAUCAAUGGCUGAGAUUUACUAAUAUGAUAAAAAAUAAUAAAAUUAUUUUA